GGGACUGGGCAGCGGGUGUGGUACGCGGGGGGUCGGGUGGGGGCUCUCUCCCUCCCUCGCCCAUCCGAGCUUCUUCCUCCCCCCGACCCGCCUGACUGAACAGCCCUGCUGGUGUGUGCUCCGCCCCCGAGUCACUCCGCCCUUGGAUCCCCCCCCUCCCUGGCAAAUUCCCCAGCAAAUUCAUGCUCCUCAACCCCACCUAUAAACGUGCAUAAUCCUGCGUCCCGUCCCCCCUGCCCAGCCCCACUUCUCUACUCCGUCCUGCUUCCGCAGGGCUCUUCUCUCCCCCUCCCUGGCCGCCCGCCCGCCCGCAGCUGCUGCCGCCGGCUUUCUACCCUGCUGCCCCCAAGGCCGCAGAGACUGGCUCUGUGCCUGCCGGCCAGGUGCUGCCUGUCUUCUCUUCCAAAUCCCUUCCCAGUGAGCAUUUCAGGCCUGAUUCUUCUCCUCUGAGCCUGGUGUGCGCAAUCAUACAAUCAUAAAAGUCUAGGACUGGAAGAGUCUUCAAGAGGUCGUCUAGUCCAAUCCCCUGCAAUCAAGGCAGGACGAUGUAAUAACAGACCAUCCCUGGCAGGUGUCCAACCAGUUCUUGGAAAACUUCCAGUGAUGGAGAUUCCACAACCUUCUUAGGCUUAUAUUCUAUAUUAUGCUCAAGAAAAAUAUUUCAACCAUGUAAGGCAAUUUGCAAAUUUAGAACUGGACAAAUACAUCAAUGAUCCAGUGUUUCAGUUUUUCAAGGCAUAUGGAACCUUACAUUUAGGUAAAUACAAAGAAGAGGUGAUUGUUAUAUUGGUCAAAUACAAGAUGCUAUCUUACAGCUAGAGAAUGCCAGGAAAUGCCACUCUGAUGUUUCAUUAUGCUGCCUUUUAGCACUCAUUUAUGCACACAAAAUAUGUGAAAAUGUUGAUCGUGAUGCUGUUUUGGAGCUGGAAAACAAAUUAAAGGAAACCCGGAAGACCGCAGGAAUUAAUGCAUUAUAUUAUGCAGGAAUGUUUCUGUGGCUGAUGGGUAAAAAUGAUAAAGCAAAUGAAUACAUUGACAGAAUGCUGAAACUGUCCAAUGGAUCUAGAGAGGGUCUUAUGCUUAAAGGAUGGGUAUGCUGUAUGUCUGACAAACAGCAUGCUAUUAAGAAAUCUAUCAAAUACCUAGACGAAGGGAUCCAAGACACCACCGAUAUAUUUGGGAUGAUGGGAAAGGCAAGAUAUUUCAUGAUGCAACAGAACUAUUCAGGUGCUCUGGAAGUAGUUAACCAAAUAAUAGUCAAUUUUUCUGGUUUCAUACCAGCAUUUAUCCUCAAGAUGAGGCUAUUUUUAGCCCAGCAAGACUGGGAUCAAACUUUAGAAACUGCACUAAGAAUCCUGAGCAAAGAUGGGACCAAUAUAGAUGGACUUCAAGCUAGUAUUGUAAAUGAGCUUUCAAGAACUGGAAACUUGAAUGCAGCAUCGUUUCAACUUAGAGAUUUUAUUCAUUCUUUGGAGACUAAAGAACCUCAAAAUGCAGACUUACAUCUUCGAAAAAUCCUUGUGGUCAGUAGAUUGUGUGGGAAGAAUCAGCAAAUCUUGCAGCUAAUAUAUGGAUUUAUUGAACGCUCGUAUACAAAAUUUAAGUCUUCAGAUGCAUGUUUUGCUAAUGAGCUGGGUUAUCAACUAAUUCUUCAGGGGAAGUGGAAAGAUGCUUCUGUGUGGUAUAGAAGAGCAAUAGAGCUGGAUGAAAGCAGUGUAGAUGCUCUAACAGGUAUUAUUUGGUGCCAGGUGCUGGAAGGGAAGCUGGAUGAAGCAGAGCACCAGCUGGAAUUCUUAAAGGAAGUUCAGCAGUCCAUUGGAAAAUCUGCGGUUCUAGUUUAUCUUCAGGCAGUUAUUGCUUCAAAGAAAAACAAGAACAAACCAGUUGCAACUGCCCUUCUGAAUGAAGCUGCAGAACUUCAUUUUUCUGCUUUGCACGGCCUUCCUCUGAGCAUGGAAUACUAUGAAAAACUAAACCCCAUGUUCCUGAUUGAAAUUGUGAAGGAAUAUUUAGUCUUCUGUCCCAAACAGCCUAGGUCACCUGGUCAAAUUGUAUCUCCUUUUCUUAAACAAGCAGCUAUAAUUUUGAAUCCAGUGAUUAAAGCUGCUCCUGGUAUGCUGGCGCCUCUUUAUUUAAUGGCACAAGUCAAAUAUUUAUCAGUUAUUCCAAAGCAGUACUGGAGAACAGAAGAACUGGAGAGCUACUUCAUUGUUGAAAUCAAAGUUGUGACACCACCAUAUAAUCACGGUGAGUUGGAAAAUGCACAGGGUACUCUGCAACGUUGUCUAGAUUUGGACCCUACAUCAGCAGAUGUCCAUCUUCUCAUGGCCCAGAUCUAUCUGUCUCAAGGAAAUUUCAGAGAGUGUUCUCAUUCAUUGGAGUUGGGGGUCAGUCAUAAUUUUCAGGUUCGUGAUUAUCCACUGUAUCACUUCAUCAAGGCCAGAGCACUGAAUAAAGUAGGAGAUUAUCCAGAAGCCAUAAAAAUUUUAAAAAUGAUUAUCAGUUUACCUUAUAUGAAGAAAGGUGAAAGUAAAAAAAUCCUUGGUACCAGUAUAACAACCAUUGAACGGGUGUCCAUAUAUCUGGAACUUGCAGAAGCACUUCGACUCAAUGGGGAACUGCAUGAAGCUACUAAAAUUAUGCAGGAUGCCAUUCAUGAAUUUAGUGGAACUCCAGAGGAAAUCCGCAUCACUGUUGCUAAUGUAGAUUUGGCUCUCAGUAAAGGGGAAGUGGAAAUAGCGCUAAGCAUGCUGAGAAAUAUCACCCCAAGCCAGCCAUAUUAUACUGAGGUUAAAGAAAAGAUGGCUCAGAUAUACCUUCAGAUACGGAAGGAUAAGAGACUAUACAUUGGAUGUUAUUGCGAACUGUGUGAACAAUUGCCAAGUCCUCAUACUAGCCUUCUCUUGGGAGAUGCCUACAUGAAUAUUCAAGAGCCAGAGAAAGCUGUGGAAGUAUACGAAGCAGCUCAAAGAAAGAAUCCUUUAGAUGCAACACUGGCCAGAAAAAUUGGACAAGCAUAUGUGAAAACUCAUCAAUAUAGCAAGGCUAUUAAUUAUUAUGAAGUAGCUCUAAAGAUGAGUAAGAAGGACUUCUUGUGCCAUGAUCUUGCUGAACUCCUCCUCAAACUCAAGAAGUUUAACAAGGCAGAAAGAGUUCUGAAUCAAGCUAUGGAGCAUGACUCUGUUAAUGACUUGCCUUCCAUGAUGAAGGAUGUCAAGAGCCUGCUUUUACUAGCAAAGAUUUACAAAAACAAUAAAAAAGAAGAAGUGAUGGGAACUUUGAACAAGGCCUGUGACAUACAGUUGAGAAUACUGAAGCGUAUUCCUCUGGAACAACCUGAAUUGAUCCCUUCUCAGAAGCAGUUGACAUCAUUGAUCUGCGUACAGUUUGCUGAGCAAUACCUAAUCGAGAAAGACUAUGUACAAGCUGUUAAAUGGUAUAAAGAUGCACUAUGUUAUACUCAGACAGAUAGUAAAGUACUAUUGCAGUUGGCUCGUCUUUAUUUGGCGCAAGGAGAUAUCGAGUCAUGUGAACAUCAUUGUGCUCUGCUUCUUCAAGAUGACAAUUGCAAUGAAAUUGCAACAAUGCUGCUGAUCCAUGAGAGGAUCUUUGCUCUUAACUAUGACUGCUUAGUUUUCUUAAGCACCAUUGGUGAGGGAACCCUUGUCAAAGGCUUUCUGAAUGUCCAGAUGAUGGCAGACCUCAUGUUUAGAAAACAGAAGUAUGAACAAGCUAUAAAUCUUUACCAAAAUGUUCUGGAUAAAGCACCAGAUAACUUCUCAGUCAUGGAAAGGUUAAUAGAUUUGCUAAGAAGAAGUGGUAAGCUUGAUAAAGCUACAUAUUUCUUUGAAAUGGCUAAGAAAAAGUCAACUCGAGCACUCUUGGAGCCUGGUUAUAACUACUGCAAAGGACUUUACUGCUGGCACAUGGGACAGCCCAAUCAGGCACUGAAGUAUUUCAACAAAGCUCGAAAGGAUAGUGAUUGGGGCCAGAGAGCCAUCAACAAUAUGAUUCAGAUCUGCCUAAAUCCUGAUAAUGAGAUAAUAGGAGGAGAAGUGUUUGAAAGCCUCAAUGCAGAGGACAGUAACUUAAAAGAGAAGAGAGAAUCUGAGCAACAUGGGAUACGCACAGCUGAGAAACUCCUUAAAGAGUUUUAUCCUCAUUCACAAGAGGGACAAAAUCAGAUGAAGAUGUUACAGAACUGCUGUCUGUUGGCCACAAAAGACAAAAUUCAUGUAGAGAAAGCCCUCAGUGUAUUUGUAGAAAUGGCCCAAUAUGAGAGGGAAAGUGUUCCAGCUAUUUUGGCAAUGGCCCAAGCCUAUAUGAUUCUGAAACAGACUCCCAAGGCCAGAACCCAGCUAAAACGGUUAGCCAAAGCUAACUGGACUUUAUCUGAUGCUGAAGAGUUAGAAAAAAGUUGGAUGUUAUUGUCUGACAUAUACUGCAAAAGCGGAAAGUAUGAUCUUGCAACUGAACAACUGAAACGCUGCUUACAAUACAAUAAGUCUUGUUCAAAAGCUUAUGAAUAUAUGGGUUUUAUCAUGGAGAAAGAACAGGCCUAUAAGGAUGCUGCAACUAAUUAUGAAUUAGCUUGGAAAUACAGUAAUCAAGCAAAUCCUGCUGUUGGUUUCAAACUUGCUUUCAAUUACCUGAAAGAUAAGAAAUAUGUGGAAGCAAUAGAAGUUUGUCAUGAUGUUUUGAAGAUAUGCCCAAGUUACCCAAAAAUUAGAGAAGAGAUUUUGGAAAAAGCUCAAGCAGCUCUCAAACCCUAAAAAUAAAAGUCUGGAUAAUAUGAAA